CUCACAGCUGUCAAAGGUGGAAAAUCAGGAUUCAGCAAGUUGGAAAAUCUGGAAAAUCUUUCGAAAGAAAGUGUCUGGAAUUAUUAGACUUUCGUCAGUAUUCUCACAUUAAAUAUAGUGUGAGGCUUGUAGAUUGAAUCAACAAGUUCCAAUUAAAUCUACCCUUGCAUAUAGUUUGGUUACUGAGCAAUCUGGCCAAAUGGAAAGGAUGCCUCCCAAAAGAGGCAUUUGUAUGAGGAAUACAUAGCCAGCGACAGUGAUGCUGUUUCAAAGGUAUACUUCAGAAUCAUCUGGAUUUUAGCAACCAAGGACCAACGAUGCCAGAGCAUUUGGAAUUGCAGCAAUUGGUGGGCGGCGUUCUUCAAGGCAGCGUGCGGCAUCGAACGUUUCCUUGGGCCAGAUGCUCUUGUCCUUAUUUGGGUAUUAUACUAGCCACUGUUUCGUCACUAUUCUUUUCACUAUGCUCGGUAAUAGUGAAAGGGUUGGUGGAUAUAAACCCGAUUGAGUUAGCAACAUUCAGGUUUAUUGGUGUUCUGCUGCCGUCGAUUCCAAUUGCUAUAUACAAAGAGGAAUGCUUUUUUCCUAAAGGAAAGCGUAUCAUACUGGUUCUACGAUGUUUUGUGGGAACAACUGGUUUAAUGCUGAGCUUCUAUGCAUUCAGACACAUGCCACUAGCAGAUGCUUCGGUAAUUAUAUUCUCAACUCCGGUGUUCGUAGCCAUCUUUGCGCGUUUGUUUUUACGCGAAAGUUGUGGGAUGUUCAAUAUCCUAACCAUAAUUCUAACUCUGAUUGGGGUGGUGCUGAUUACGCGACCUCCAUUUCUCUUUGGAGAUGUAGGAACACAGGGUUUAGCCGAUGAACAGAUAAUGGAAACAAACUACGAUGUGUGGGGUCCUGUUGCAGCUCUUUCAUCCACAUUAUUUGGCGCGAAUGCUUAUGUGCUUCUUCGUGCUCUUAAAGGACUACACUUUUCUGUUAUUAUGACAAACUUUGGCGCAUUUGCCCUUGUCUAUACGCUCAUUGUUUGCUAUUAUCUAGGAGCACUCUGUUGGCCUCUAUGUGGGACCGACCGAUUACUCGUGAUUGCUUUGGCACUGUUCAGUUUUGGAGGUCAAAUUCUGUUAACUUUGGCACUGCAAUAUGAACAGGCUGGGCCUGUCGCUAUCGCACGGUCAGCUGACAUAGUUUUUGCCUUCAUUUGGCAAAUAAUGUUUUUCAGGGAAACUCCAAACGUGUAUUCUGUACUGGGGGCCCUACUAGUAGUCAGCUCAGUUGUACUAUCAGGGAUGCGUAAGUGGGCACUCGCACUGCCGAGAGAUUCGGAUUUGAGAAAACGGUUGAAAUGCUUUAUUUCGGAGUAGUAUGUGUAAGCUUUUUACUAUAGCUUCACCAAAGCUUACGUAGUUUAACGAAACAUACGCUCAACGAAAGAGUGUUUUUUUGAUCUUACAACAAGUAUUCCACACGAUACAAAAUUGAUGGGUAAUCUAAGGUACAAUUUUUUUAAUUUGGUUUGAUGUAGAACACAGGAAUUGCAAUGAGCGAAAAUUCCAAAACGAGUCUUAUUCGCAAUAUGUAGAGUAUCGGUAGAGUCCUAUUCUUAAAUCUUGUAAAAUGGAAUGCAGGAAUGAUUGCAUUAUCACAUGCUUGAUUAAAGACAAAACCAUGCUCAGUCUAGAGCUAACCAUUCUUGUGACGGACUAAAAGCCAAAAAGUUGUAUUUGCUGUUCAAAACGAAGAGUACAUGUCCGUUUCAGUUUAACUUAAGCGAUCCUGUACUGUAGUUGCGCUUUAAAAGAUCACAAUUCCUGUGUUCUACUUCUUAUCGCAUGUGUCGUAUCUGCGAUUGAGUUGUUCAUGUUGAUCUCUACAUAGCUUGUAAGUAUACUCAUCUGACUACGACCAAAUCAUCGUUUAUCUGAUAAGAAAACAAGUUUAGUAAGUAAACCUCUUGUAUUGUGGCCGCUCUAUUUAUUUUAUAGUCAUGGAAUAUGAAUCUAAGAUUUUAAUGCUACACCUAGCUAAAUUUUGUGUAGUACUAAAGCACAAGCCUAUCAUUUUAUAACAAAAGAAUUUUAGAUAGAAUUUCACAUGAAUACUCAAUAUGUGCCAUUCUGAUCCCAUUUAAAUUAGUAUUAAAAUUCUAAUCGCUUAGUUAUGCACGUGGAAGAACUAAAUACAGGAAGGUUAAAUGCCAUCCUAGGAAUUAAUCUAGCUCUUGCUACGGAACUACGAAACAGAUGUGUAAAAUAGGAAACGUUAUAAGUCAGUAUGUUGCUAACAGUACUAACAGUUUAAUUUGAAGCUUGAAGUUUAUCCGUAAUUGGCGAUUACUGAUGUGCCAUUAGAGAAAACCGACAGAGCACAAUGUUACUAGAGCACCACCCGGUGCAAUACUUUGCGUUACCAAAUCGUGAUUAUUAAUCUGCUCGUAAUUAACUGUCCCAAAAAGAAUAAAAAUAAAAUUGCAUUUCAUCAAAUUCACAAAACAAUCAAAAAUAUGGUUCGUUCGAAAACAAACCAAUUUUGUCGAUUUUACUAGGAUUUUAUUAUGUCCAAUCAUAAAACUGAAUCUCAGAAGCAGAGCCAAGUCUCUUGAUUUUUGUGAAUUUGGUUAGAUACAAUUAACCGCAGUUAGUUUGAUCAUAGACAUGCUCAUUUGAGAGAAGGUUUCUUUAAAUUUUAGUAGCAUGUUUUUUUAUGCCGUUUGGCAUCCAGAGAUAAUUUAUUUUGUUAAACACUCGUUGGGUGGUCAUCAAAAGUGAUAUACUAAACUCUAGUCAAAUCACAAUACAUGAUCUCGCUAGUAAAGAAGAAAACCAAAACAAAUCGAAAAAAUGUUUACACUAAGCCGAGAUUUAAGUUGUAAUAAAAUCUAUCAGAUAUUAAAUUAUACCUGCUAAAUUAUUGAUCAUUA